AACAUGAUCUUAAUUCCUAAUAUAUAUCCAAAAUACACUAAGAAAUUAUUGAACAUCUAAAGUAAUUAUCUAUUACAUUAAUGUUGAUGGUUGAAGUUGGUGGUUGAAGCUUGAAGUUUUUAGAUUUUGGUUUUCUUUUCAUUGAAUAAUGUUUCUCAUUUCAUGAGAACUUGGUUUUUGUUUUAUGCUUUCUUUUAUUUGGUUUUAUUUCUAUCAAUAACUAUGUUUACCUUUCGUUUAAUUUUGAAUGCUCGCGUUUGAUGUUUCUUUCUUAUUUUUGAAUCGAUUUUACUUAUGUUUUGGUUACAAAAUAGAUAUAAAUCAGGUAUUUUAAAACCGAAGAACUGGUUUUACUUGUGUUUUGGUUACAAAGUAAAUACAAAUUAUGUACUUUUAAACCAAAGAACCGAUUGGGAUCCGAACCCGAAAGUACAUCGGGUUGUACCGGUUAUUUGAAGAUUUACUAACCCCGACCCGAACCCGAAAGAACCCGAACCAGUCCCGAACCAAACUUUUGUAUAACCCGAAUGAGGCUGAUUUUGAUAAACCCGAAAACCCGAGACCCGAUUGGACAAAACUGAAACCCGAUUGGGACCCCGAAUGACCAUGCCUACGAAAUGCUAUCACGAGUUUGGUUUCUGAUGAGUUUUUGUGGGCUACAGAUUUGGGCUUCAAUUUAAUUGAUAUGGGCUCCAUCAACUAAUUAAUCAAACCAAUAAAAUUGUUCCUAUCUGGGAUCUUAACUUCUUUUUAUCAAUUGAGAGUCAAACCGUUCAACAUUCUAUCUCCAUCGACUCUUCGACUUUCGUGAAUCUUUAUUCUUUCACACACGACGAUUUAUGUAUUUCGAAUCACAAAUAGACAUAUCACUAAUAAUAAUAAUCAAAGAAGAUGGGUUCGUGUGACAUCUGCAUGAAUAUCGACCUUAUCAAUUUCUGAGAGACUCAAUAUCUGUGAGAUUGAGAUACUGGUGGACAGUCGCCACGACGUUAUCAGGGGUUUCUCCAACAGGAACAUCAGGGGAUGGAUUCGCCAAUUGUAGUCUCACUGAUCUAGGCUUUGGUCCUCUCAGAUUCUCAUCUUUCCUGAGGCUUAAAAGAGAUCUCAAAAACGUCGGCAACCAGCCAUAAUCACCAAAGUCCAGAGGAUUAUGAUCCAGCUAAUUGUACGUUUCCUAUAAUUGUUUGAUUGAAUUUGCGGUGUGCUCUGUUAUUCAUAGCCUAGCUUAGUUGGUAAAUAAAGUGUGAAUACUUAAAACAAAUACAUAUCUGAGCGAGAGUAUAUGAUUGGGUAAUUGAUGUCUCUUGGUUUUUGCAAGUGUUCAAGAAUUCAUGGUGUUCUCGUUGAGCUUAUGUUGAUUUAGAGUACAAAAAAAAUACAGAGGUAAUUACUUCUCUAUUAUCUGCUUAAGGGCUUUGUCUUCGUCAUUUAUUUUAUCGCCGUUAGCGUUGAAAAGAAGUUUGUGUCAUGUUUGUUGCUUUUAUAUGGCUUGAGCUAAAAACUCUAGCAUUUUUAGUGGAUUUGGAUGUCAUUUGCAUAUAGAUCGAUCAUCAAUUACUUGCAGAUGCUACCCAUUAUCUCAACAAACUUUUACAAAUGAUGAAUGAUCUUCAGAAUUAACUUGAGUCAACUCCACCUGGAUUUUUGCCUCUAGCUUCAACAAGCUUCCAUCCAUUAACACUUACACCUCAUACUCUUUCUUUCUGUGUGAAGGGAGAGCUAUGUCGUGGCAUCUCCUCUGCUGCCCCCAAAUGUGAUAAUCCAAUCUCUCUUAGACACUCUAAUAAACAGAAAAGAAAAAUAAUUUUUCUUUAAUUAGGAAAAUACGGAAAUGACAUAAAACCCUGGGAAUAGUUGAAGUAUUUACAAGUUGUACCAGGGUAUAACUCAUCUGCCCCGACCCGACCCGUUUGUAUGGGCAAACCAAUUGAACCGAAUCGUCUAACCGUGUAACCAUACUAACCAACUGAACCAAUCCCUCAAAACCAAACCAAAUCUGUCGGUUUUAGCAAACCCUCUCAUUGUAUUUCCUCGAUCCAAUUUGUCGAAAUUUAUAACUCAUUCCUCCCCUCUUUUUCCUCUUUUUCGGUUGGUUCCGAAGAACCCUAGUUUCCAAAAUCGAGCUUGAUUCGGUGAGAAUCGAGCUUGAUUCGGUGAGAAUCGAGCUUGAUUCGGUGAGAAUCGAGAUAGAAUCCGGUGAAAUCUAUCCGAUUGAGAUGGUGGUCGAAACGUGACGGGGUAAGAGGAAGGAUAAUCCAACGAAGGAAGAGGCUCCGAGAGUGAAGUUUGCAAAGACGGAGUCCGGAGAAAAUGUGGAGAAGACGACGACGGAGGAGAGUGAAACGAGGGCGGUGGAGAUUGUUGAAUCGACGACAAAGACGACGGAUGAAUCGACGGCAAAGACGACGGAUGUCUUGAUGGAGAAGACGAAAACGACGGAUGUCUCGACGGAGAAGACGAGAAAGGACUGAACGGAGAAUACGGCGGAGAUAACAGAGCCAAGUAAUGUGGCUGCAGAAGCUGCUCCGACGACACUGAACAAAGGUCCUGGAGAUGAAGAGAAUGAGGAAACCGCUUCUGGAGAUGAAGAGAAUGAGAAAACCGCUUCUGGAGAUGAAGAGAAUGAGGGUUCUGAAGAAGAACAAGAAAAACCAGAUGGAGAGAAUGAGAGUUCUAACGAGUAGAAUGAAGAUUCUGAAGAAGAACCUCUAGAUGGAGAGAACGAAGUGAGUGCACGUUCGGAAGAAGAAGAAGCAAAUGGAGAUGGAGAAGAGGAAGCAAACGAGAAUGGGAAUCCACCUGAACCUCAGGUAACAAAUUAUCAAUUAGUUUGAAUUUAAUUCGUAACAGAUGAUUAGGGAGAGCUAGUAAAUCGAGUGGGUUAAUGUUAGUAAUACUAGGAGAACUAUUGGAAAAACUGUCAGUUUUGGUACAAUAUAGGAAAACUGAAAUUUUGUAAACGGAACCGUGGUAUUACUUUGAUAUGCUUUAGUAUAACUUUUGUAUAACUUGAGUAUAACUUUAGUAUAACUUUAGUAUAACUUGGAUAUAACUUUGGUAUAACUUGCAGGAUUUGGAUGGAAAUGAGGCAUCUGAGGCAAUCAAACCAACCAGAAUGUUCUUCAAUCCAUCUGAGUACAAGAAAAAAAUAAAGCUAGGGACGAGGUGCAUGAUAGCUAGCGCGAUUAAGACGCUAAGCAAACUGAAACCGAAGCUGUCUAAAGCGGAGUGGAACUGGUUCACGGAGCAUCCUCAAUUCAGACACAUUUUCCACAUGAAAAGAGAGAACAACCACAGGAUUCAGGGAAUGUGGAUGUUGUUGCUGCGUACUGCCGGUAGCGAGAGGCGAAGAGAAGUGUGGUUCAUUGUGAAUGGUGUUGCCAUCCGUUAUGGGCUGAGGGAACACGGUUUGAUAUCUGAGCUAUUCUGCCACAAUUAUCCUCUCGGCUACAAAAACCUUGGUGGGAUGAAGUUCGUUGAUCGACAUUUCAAGGAAGGAGAACUUAGAAGGUUGGAGGAUGUUAAGAAGAAGCUGGUGAACAUGGGACCCCACAAAGACAUACUGAAGAUGGCGGUUCUAUUCUUCUUAUCUUAUGUUGUUUUUGCGCAAACGAAGGUUGGACACAAGGCUAAUCAUGUGUUGGAGGUGUUCCAGAGAGCAUUGGAUGAUCUUGACCACUGCCAGUCCUUUCCAUGGGGGAGAUUCUCCUAUGAUUACAUGCUGAAGGAGAUGUCUCACACAAUGAAGCAUUUUGGAGGGGUGGUGAAAGAGAAUACAUUAUGGCCGCUUCCAGGUUUCUGUGUUCCACUAGAGCUUCUUGCAUUCGAGGCAAUUCCUAAGCUAGGAAUGGUGUUCAGAGAACCUGUUGAAGGAGCUGAUGUCAACUGCCCGAGGAUGUGCAAGUCCUCAUUCAAACGAAAUGGAAUGACAGGGGUGUCACUUUCUGCGAUAAACAAGGAAUUGUCUAACACAACCGAUAUCGACAACGUCAUCCCCACCAGAACUCCACAAGAAGAAAGGCUCUUGGAUGACAUUUGGGAAGAUGAAGACGAUGUUGAUGAAUCUGAUAUAGUUGUGUAGAGUUGGGAGAAGUGUUUGGAUGGAGGCUAUAAGGUCUUUUUUCAAGACAUGCAUGACGAGGAUGUAGCUGCGCGCCAAAAACAGGCAGAAGAGAGUGAAGCUGCAGCAGGGGAUGGAAUAGAAGUAGGUGAGCAGUCGAUUCAUCUGGGAGAUGUUAUGAAGUUGCUGAAAAGAACGAUGAAACUGAUGAGGACAGUUGACAAGAAGGUUGACCAAUUGGAUGGGAGAUUGGCUCCGCUUAAGGAGUUUGUCAAGGAAGCACAAGCUAAAGCAGCAGAAGAAGAAGCACCAGCACAAGGGAAAGCAAAGAAACAGAAACGCAGGAAGAAGUGAAGUAGAGUGAAGAACUUGCUUGGUGUGUUAGAACUUUUUUUAUGUUUUUUAUGAAGUGACAAACGAUGUCUUUUGAUGUGUUUCUUGUUUGUGAUGUGGAUUUAGAACUUUUAACUAUGUUAUGACUAUAUAUGCGAUCUUUGUUGUGGAUGCUUUUA